CAAAAUAAAUUUCGAACAGACAUUAGAAACAGCCUCCAGAUGGAGAGGCUCCUGCUCCUGUUUUUCCUGCUCCUGGCGGGCAGGGAAUCCCUGUGCCAAACAGGCGACACCAAACUGGAGCUACUGGCACCGCGUGGCCGGAGUUAUGCCACCACCUAUGAACAAUAUGCCGCCUUUCCGCGGCGGAGAAGCUCCUCAUCCUCGCCAACGGGUGAGAUGCAAUCCCGUGCGGUGGACACCAGUGCCGAUUUCGAGGUGCUCGAGGGUCAGCCGCGUGGAACCUCGGUGGGUUUCAUACCCACAAAGCCAAAGUUCUCGUAUCGGUUCAACGAACCUCCGCGGGAAUUCACACUCGAUCCGGUUACGGGUGAGGUGAAGACCAAUGUGGUGCUCGAUCGGGAGGGGAUGCGGGAUCAAUACGACUUGGUGGUGCUCUCCUCACAGCCCACCUACCCCAUCGAGGUGCGCAUCAAGGUUCUGGAUGUCAACGACAAUUCGCCGGAGUUUCCCGAACCCAGCAUCGCGAUCUCCUUCUCCGAAAGUGCCACCACGGGUACUCGGUUGCUCCUCGAUGCCGCCACAGAUGCGGAUGUGGGUGAGAACGGGGUCACCGAUCAGUAUGAGAUUGUGGCUGGAAAUGUGGACAACAAGUUCCGGCUGGUGACGACGGCGAAUCCCAGUGGAGACACCUCAUAUCUGCACCUGGAGACCACGGGCAAUCUCGACCGGGAGUCGCGUGGCAGCUACCAGCUGAACAUCUCCGCGAGAGAUGGAGGAACUCCACCGCGUUUCGGCUACCUCCAAGUGAACGUUACCAUUCUGGAUGUCAAUGAUAAUCCACCGAUCUUCGAUCACAGCGAUUACAAUGUCUCCCUGAACGAAACGGCUCUGCCGGGAACUCCAGUCGCCACCGUGAUGGCUUCGGACAACGACUUGGGGGACAACAGCAAGAUCACCUACUAUCUGGCCGAAACGGAGCACCAAUUCACGGUUAAUCCGGAGACGGGAGUCAUUUCCACCACGGAACGCGUGAACUGCCCCCAGCAGAAGAGCCAGAAGAGCUGCGUUUUCACUGUGUUCGCCCGGGAUCAUGGAUCGCCGCGGCAGGAUGGACGCACCUAUGUGACGGUGAACCUGCUGGACACCAACGAUCACGACCCCAUCAUCAGUUUCCGGUUCUUUCCGGAUGGCGGCAAGGUGGCCACCGUGGACGAGAAUGCGGUGAAUGGUACUGUGGUGGCAGCCGUGGCCGUUAAGGAUUCCGAUUCCGGUCUCAAUGGCCGAACAUCGGUGCGCAUCGUUUCCGGCAAUGAGCUGGGCCACUUUCGCCUGGAAGAAGCUGCCGACUUGCAUAUAGUGAGGGUAAAUGGCGUCCUGGAUCGCGAGGAGAUCGGCAAGUACAAUCUGACCGUGGUGGCGAUGGAUCAGGGAACUCCGGCGCGAACGACCACGGCCCAUCUUAUCAUCGAUGUCAACGAUGUGAAUGAUCAUGAGCCGGUGUUCGAGAAAUCAGAAUAUUCAGCGGUGCUGAGUGAACUGGCACCCACGGGAAGCUUUGUGGCCUCCAUCACAGCCACGGAUGAGGACACUGGCGUCAAUGCCCAGGUGCACUACGACAUUCUCUCGGGCAAUGAGCUCAAGUGGUUCGCCAUGGAUCCACUGACGGGUUUGAUUGUGACCACUGGUCCGCUGGACAGAGAGAUUCGCGACACCGUAGAGCUGAGCAUCUCGGCCAGGGAUGGGGGACCUAAUCCCAAAUUUGCCUACACCCAGCUGAAGGUGAUCGUUCUGGACGAGAACGAUGAGGCGCCACAGUUCAGCCAAAGGGAGCAGAAUGUGACACUAAGUGAGGAUGCGCCGCCGCAAACGAUUGUGGCUCUGAUGACGGCCACCGAUCAUGAUCAGGGCACCAAUGGAUCGGUGACCUUUGCCCUGGCGCCCAGCGUGGAGCGCCUGUACCCGCUACAGUUUGCCCUCGAUGCGUUGACGGGCCAAUUAACAACGCGCAGACCUCUGGAUCGUGAGAAAAUGUCGCGAUACGAGAUACCCGUGAUUGCCCGCGAUCAGGGAGCACCCACGCCCCAAUCGGCCACGGCCACCGUUUGGCUGCAUGUGGCCGAUGUAAACGAUAACGAUCCUCAGUUUUAUCCCAGGCACUACAUCUACUCGCUCACCGACGACGAUGAUAUCAAGCUCAAGGCGCAGGUGGAGGUGGAGAAGUUGGAGAAGGAGAGGAUCCUGCUCCAUGUCACGGCCGCAGAUAAAGACGAUGGCGAUAAUGCCUUAAUUGAGUACCGACUCGAGUCAGGUGGCGAGGGUCUCUUCCAGCUGGACGCCCGUUCGGGAGCCAUCAGCCUGCGUGGCGAUGCUGCUGCCUCGCUGCAUUGGAAGCCCCACUACAAGCUGGUGGUAUCGGCGCGUGAUGCUGGGCAGCGGAGGAGCCAGCAAGAUGCCAUUGUGGACAUUGUGCUCAAGUCCAAGUCGGAGUUGCUUGAAUGCGGCCAGGCACAAGCUGGCGGUUAUGAGUUCCAGAUGCUCGAGGAUCACGAGCAGCAAAGGAACAGCCAGCCAAAUCGCGAGGUGGGCAUCGUGCAGGUAAAGUCCGCGAAUGGCAAGGCGAACUCUCCCAUCGAAUACGACAUCAUCCAAGGCGACAGGGCACAGAAUUUCCGCAUCGAUCCCAGGAGCGGUCGCAUCACCACCGCCCGACCCUUGGAUCGCGAGGAGCAGGCCAAUUAUCGUUUGACUAUCUUGGCCAGCUCCAGCUCCAUUGCAGCCGCCGCCAGCGUCUCAUAUGGCCAGUGCAUUGUUAAUAUAGCCAUUAUCGAUCUGAAUGAUAAUGCUCCCGUUUUCGCCUUGGAUCGCGAGUCAGAGCCCACGAUCUCGUUGCCGGAGAAUGCGGCCGUGGGUCAGGAGAUCUACCUGUCCAGGGUCAGAGAUCGGGAUGCGGGCGUGAACAGCAGGAUCAGCUAUAGCCUCACCCAGAAUCCCAAUCAGCAGUUCCGCAUUGGACCGGUCACGGGAGUUCUUUACCUUCAGCGGCCCAUCAGAGCAGAGCCCGGCUCCCUGAUCCACGUGGAACUAAUGGCCACGGAUGCGGGCAGUCCUCCGCUCUCCAGUAAACUGAGCCUCUCUGUGCUGAUAGCCGAUGUCAACGAUCACACUCCCGUCUUCGAUCACACCUCCUAUGAGACUUCCCUCCCGGAAACCACGAAAGUGAACACUCGAUUUUUCGCCCUUGCCGCUACGGAUAUUGAUUUGGGGGAUAAUGGUCGGAUCUCGUACGAGAUCAUCGAGGGCAACACUGAGCGCAUGUUCGGUGUGUUUCCCGAUGGCUUCCUCUUUGUGAGAGCUCCACUCGAUCGCGAGGAGCGGGAUUACUAUGCUCUAACCGUUUCUUGCCGGGAUGCUGGUCAACCAUCCAGAUCCUCGGUGGUCCCGGUUGUCAUCCAUGUGAUCGAUGAGAACGACAACGCCCCACAGUUCACCAACAGCACCUUCACGUUCAGCAUACCGGAGAACGCUCCUGCAGACACGUUUGUGGGCAAGCUAACGGCAGUGGACCGGGAUAUUGGUAGGAAUGCGGAGCUGAGUUUCACUCUGUCCAGUCAGACGCAGGACUUUACAAUAGACACCAGAAAUGGUUUCAUAAAAACACUGCGACCCUUCGAUCGCGAGGCUCUGGUGAAGGUCAGCAGGAAUGCGGAGGCAGGUGGCGAGGAUGGUGCCCUCCGGGGAUCCCUGGCUGGCAACUAUAUGCUACUGGAGGCCACCGUUUCGGACAACGGCAUUCCGCGCCUGCAGGACAAAGUCAAGGUGAAGGUCAUCGUCACCGAUGUGAACGAUAAUGCGCCGGAAUUCCUGCGAGCACCUUACCACGUGACCAUUUCUGAAGGCGCCUCCGAGGGCACGCACAUUACGCAUGUCUUCACCCAAGAUGCGGAUGAGGGUCUGAAUGGAGAUGUGUACUACACACUGGCCAAGGGCAAUGAGGCUGGCCAGUUCAACUUGGACAGCGCCACGGGUCAGCUUUCCUUGGCGCGCAGAUUGGACCGGGAGUCCCAGGAGAUGCAUCACCUGAUCGUCGUGGCCAAGGAUGCUGCGCUCAAGCACCCGCUGAGCUCCAAUGCCAGCAUUACCAUUGUGGUGCUGGACGAGAACGACAAUGCGCCGGAGUUCACCCAGUCGAGCAGUGAGGUUUCCGUUUUGGAGACAAGUCCAACGGGCACCGAAUUGAUGCGAUUCAGAGCCAGUGAUGCGGAUCAGGGAGUCAAUAGCCAGGUGGUCUUUAGUAUAUCGGCUGGGAAUCGCCGUGACACCUUCCACAUCGACAGCAUUACGGGUAGCCUGUAUCUCCACAAGCUGGACUACGAGGACAUAACCAGCUAUACGCUCAACAUCACUGCCUCCGAUUGCGGCACUCCGUCGCUGUCGACCAGUUUGUAUAACGUGCUCGUGGUGGAUGACAACGACAAUCCGCCGAUCUUUCCCAGCACUGCGAUUGUGCGGCAGAUCAAGGAGGGCAUUCCCCUGAAGACACCCAUUGUGACCGUAACCGCCGACGAUCCGGAUUCGGGGCUCAACGGCAAGGUGAGCUACGCAAUCAGCAAGCAGGAACCCCAACUGCCGCAGGGACGACACUUUGGCAUCAACACGGAGACGGGUGUGAUUCACACGCUCAGGGAGAUUGACCGGGAAUCGAUUGAUACCUUUCGCCUGACCGUGGUGGCCACGGAUCGUGCUCAGCCUUCGGAACGACAGCUCUCCACGGAAAAACUGGUCACCGUGAUUGUGGAGGACAUUAACGAUAACGCCCCCGUUUUUGUGUCCAUGAAUGCGGCCAUCCUGCCGCCCAAAUUCGCGACUUCCAAGGGCAGCAGCACGGCGGUGAUGCAGGUGCACGCCAAGGAUGCGGACUCGUCCAGCAACGGCCUGGUGACCUACGAGAUUGUCAGUGGCCCCCAGGAGCUCUUCAAGCUGCAACGGAACACGGGUGUCGUAACCUUUACCCCAAGUCCGCAACUGAAGCAGGAGGUGCGCUACCAGCUGACCCUGAAAGCCACCGAUGAAGCCGUUCAAAGCGAACGUCGCAGCAGCGAGGUGUACAUCACAAUCAUAACCCCGGGUUCCGGCGGAAGUGAAUCAUCCGUGCCGCAGUUCGAGCAACGGAGUAAGCUGUCCGGUUCCGUCUACGAGAACGAACCGAUUGGAACGAGUAUUCUGACGGUGACCGCGCAUCUGGCCUCCGCCGAGAUAGAAUACUUUGUGACGAAUGUGACGGCCGCAGGAUCGCGUGGUCAGGUGGAUCGCCUCUUCGACAUUGAUGCCAAGCUGGGUAUCCUCUCCACCGCCGCCGAGCUGGACCGUGAAGCUGGACCGGAGGAGUACGAGGUGGAGGUCUUUGCCAUCGCCCUCGGCGGACAGCCACGUACAUCCAGCACGAAGGUCAGAGUAACCGUUCUCGACAAGAACGAUAGUCCGCCGCAGUUCCUCGACUCGCCGUUCGUCUACAAUGUCAGCGAGGAUCUGCAGAUUGGACACACCAUCUCCACGCUGCGGGCCCACGAUCCGGAUACGCUUGGUUCGGUGACCUUCCUGCUGAUGGAUGGGCACGAUGGCAAGUUCCUGCUGGAGCCCGCCACUGGAAAGCUCAUCCUCAACGAUACCCUCGACCGCGAGACGAAGAGCAAGUACGAGCUGAGGAUUCGCGUGUCCGACGGGGUGCAGUACACGGAGACAUAUGCCACCAUCCAGGUGAGCGACACCAAUGAUAAUCCGCCCUUGUUCGAGGAUACCGUCUACUCCUUUGACAUACCGGAAAACGCCCAACGGGGCUACCAAGUGGGUCAGAUAGUGGCCAGGGACGCCGAUCUCGGCCAGAAUGCCCAGGUGUCCUACGGAGUGGUCUCGGAUUGGGCCAACGACGUCUUCAGCCUGAAUCCACAAACCGGAAUGCUGACCCUGACCGCUCGACUGGAUUACGAAGAGGUUCAGCACUACAUCCUGAUUGUGCAGGCCCAGGACAAUGGCCAACCCAGCCUGUCCACCACCAUAACGGUCUACUGCAACGUGCUCGAUCUGAACGACAAUGCUCCCAUUUUCGAUCCCAUGAGCUAUUCGAGCGAGGUGUUCGAGAAUGUGCCCCUCGCCACAGAGGUAGUCACCGUGUCAGCCAAGGAUAUUGAUUCGGGCAACAAUGGGCUGAUUGAGUACAGCAUCACCGCAGGAGACGUCGAUUCAGAGUUCGGCAUCGACAGCAACGGCACCAUCCGCACUCGCCGCAACUUGGACAGGGAACACCGAUCGGCGUACACCCUUACGGUGACCGCCCGCGAUUGCGCUGAUGAAUUUGCAUCCUUCAGCGAACUGGAGGAGACGCAGCUGAAGCUCAAGUACCGAUCGCCCAGAAAGUAUCAGCAAACACGGCAGGAGUUUUUGGCCCAUCAAAAGCAGCAGCGACUCUCGUCGACUGUAAAGGUGACGAUACUCAUCAAAGAUGUCAACGACGAGGUGCCCAUCUUCGUUUCCGCAAACGAAACGGCGAUCAUGGAGAACGUGGCCAUCAAUACGGUCGUUAUCGCUGUCAAGGCUGUCGACAAUGACGAGGGCCGCAACGGGUACAUCGAUUAUCUGAUGAAGGAGGCCAGAGACGAGGACAUGGCCAUGGGUCAAUCCGAUCCGCUGCCCUUCUCCCUGAAUCCCACCGAUGGACAGUUGCGCGUCGUCGAUGCCUUGGACCGCGAGUUGCGCUCCAGUUAUCUGCUCAACAUCACGGCCCGAGAUCGCGGCGAGCCACCGCAGUCCACGGAGACGCAGUUGCUCAUACGGAUUCUGGACGAGAACGACAAUAGUCCCGUCUUCGAUCCGAAGCAAUACUCUGCCUCGGUGGCGGAAAACGCCAGCAUUGGCGCCAUGGUCCUGCAGGUAUCAGCCACGGAUGUGGAUGAGGGUGCCAACGGACGCAUCCGGUAUUCCAUUGUGCUGGGCGAUCAGAACCACGACUUCAGCAUCAGCGAGGAUACGGGUGUGGUGCGGGUGGCCAAGAACCUCAACUACGAGCGCCUCUCCCGAUACUCCCUCACCGUGCGAGCCGAGGAUUGUGCACUGGAGAAUCCAGCUGGCGACACGGCCGAGCUGACCAUCAACAUUCUGGACAUAAACGACAAUAGACCGACGUUUUUGGAUUCCCCAUACUUGGCACGGGUCAUGGAGAACACUGUGCCGCCAAAUGGGGGAUACGUGCUCACAGUGAACGCCUAUGAUGCCGACACUCCACCUCUGAACUCGCAGGUGCGCUACUUCCUCAAGGAGGGCGACAGUGAUCUCUUCCGCAUCAAUGCCUCGUCGGGUGACAUCGCGUUGUUGAAGCCCCUGGAUCGCGAGCAGCAGAGCGAGUACACCCUGACCUUGGUGGCCAUGGACACGGGCUCACCUCCACUCACCGGCACGGGAAUUGUGCGCGUGGAGGUGCAGGACAUUAAUGACAAUGAUCCGGUAUUCGAACUGCAGUCCUAUCACGCCACUGUCCGCGAGAAUUUACCCGCUGGCACUCAUGUACUGACUCCCAGGGCCACGGAUAAGGACGAAGGACUGAAUGCCAAGCUGCGCUUUAACUUAUUGGGCGAGCACAUGCAUCGGUUCCACAUAGACUCGGAAACGGGCGAGAUCACCACAGCUACAACGCUCGAUCGCGAGGAGACCUCCGUGUACCACUUGACCUUAAUGGCCCAAGACAGUUCCAUCACCGAGCCACGUGCCUCGUCCGUGAAUCUCACCAUCAGUGUGUUCGAUGUCAAUGACAAUAUCCCGAAGUUCGACUCCACCCACUACAACGUAGCAGUGCCGGAGAGAAUCAGCAAGGGUGAGUUUGUGUUUGGAGCUCGGGCCUUGGACUUGGAUGAUGGCGAAAACGCCGUGGUGCAUUACACCAUUAGUGGGCGAGAUCAGCACUACUUUGAUAUAAACACCAAAACGGGCGUGGUGAGCACCAAGCUGGAGCUGAAGACUAGGACUAAGUCCCCUGAUGACUUGACCUAUACGAUUGCAAUAUCCGCAAUGGAUCAGGGUGAGCAGCCACUUAGUUCCAAGGCUGAGCUCACAAUUAUCCUGCGACCCCCUGAGCUCUUUCCCACCUUCGCCUACAUGGCCAACAGUCACUUUACCAUGUCAGAGGAUGUGAGGCCUGGCAAAAUGAUAAGCAAAGUCAGUGCCACAUCGCCGAAAAAGGGUUUGGUGGGUAAGAUUCGCUAUGCCAUAGCCGGCGGCAUCAUGGGCGAUUCCCUGAGGGUGGAUCCCAACAGUGGAGUCCUGAGCGUUGGACAGGAUGGCCUGGACUAUGAGCUGACGCAUCUGUACGAGAUUUGGGUCGAGGCAGCCGAUGGCGAUAAGCCCAGUCUGCGUAGCGUAACUCUGAUAACGCUCAACGUAACGGAUGCGAAUGACAAUGCACCCGUCAUGGAGCAGCUCAUCUACAAUGCCGAGGUCCUGGAGGAGGAGUCGCCACCUCAGUUGAUCGCCGUUGUGAAAGCCAGCGAUCGUGACUCCGGCGACAAUGGAAAUGUCAUCUAUCGCCUGCAGAAUGACUUCGAUGGCACGUUUGAGAUCACGGAAUCGGGCGAGAUCUACACCAGGGUGCGACUGGAUCGUGAGGAGAUCGGCGACUAUGCGUUCGUGGUGGAGGCCGUGGACCAGGGUGUUCCUCAUUUGACGGGAACAGCUAGUGUCCUACUGCAUCUGCUCGACAAGAACGACAACCCGCCCAAGUUCACACGUCUCUUUUCCCUGAAUGUAACCGAAAACGCCGAGAUCGGCAGCUUUGUGAUCCGAGUCACCUCUUCCGAUUUGGAUCUGGGUGCCAAUGCAAACGCUUCCUACUCCUUCAGCGAGAAUCCCGGCGAGAAGUUUCGCAUCGAGCCGCAGAGCGGAAACAUCACAGUGGCCGGCCAUCUGGAUCGCGAGCAACAGGAUGAGUACAUCCUCAAGGUGGUGGCCUCCGAUGGAGCCUGGCGUGCCGAGACACCCAUUACCAUCACGAUCCAGGACCAGAACGACAAUGCGCCCGAGUUCGAGCACAGCUUCUACAGCUUCAGCUUCCCGGAGCUGCAGCAAUCGAUUGCUCUGGUGGGCCAGAUCAUAGCCACGGAUCGCGAUAAGCAGGGUCCCAACUCGGUGAUCUCCUACUCACUGCAGCAGCCGUCGCCCAUGUUCAGCAUCGAUCCGGCCACGGGUGAGGUCUUCAGUAAAAAGGCGGUGCACUUCAAGCACUCCCAGUAUGUCCGCUCGCCGGAGAACAUGUACGCCCUCACCGUUUUGGCCACGGACAAUGGUAAGCCGCCGCUGUACUCCGAGUGCCUGGUGAACAUCAACAUCGUCGACGCCCACAACAAUCCGCCAAAGUUCGAGCAGGAGGAGUAUCUGGCGCCACUGCCACAGGAUGCGGUUCGUGGUCAGCGAAUAGUUCGGGUCCACGCCAAUGACAAGCAGGAUCUGGGCACCAACGAAAUGGAUUACUCCCUGAUGACAUUCAACUUGAGUUCGAUCUUCACCAUCGGCAGACAUGACGGCUGGAUCACUUUGGUCAGACCCAUCCAAGUGCCGCCCAACUCUCGCUAUGAACUGGUGGUUAGGGCCACGGAUCGUGGUGUUCCUCCCCAGUCGGAUGAGACUCGUGUCGUAAUCGUGGUAACCGGGGAGAACCUGGACACGCCCAGAUUUUCGGUGAACAGCUAUCAGGUGAUUGUGCCCGAGAAUGAGCCAGUGGGGUCCACAAUCCUAACGGUGGGCGCAACCGACGAUGAUACGGGUCCCAAUGGAAUGCUCAGGUAUUCCAUUUCCGGUGGCAACGAGCGCCAGGACUUCAGCGUGGACGAACGCACCGGUGGCAUAGUGAUACAACAGCAAUUGGAUUAUGAUCUGAUACAGGAGUACCAUCUGAAUAUCACAGUUCAGGAUCUGGGCUACCAUCCACUAUCCUCCGUUGCAAUGCUUACGAUCAUCUUGACGGAUGUCAACGACAAUCCACCUGUGUUCGAUCAAAAGGAAUACCACGGUUAUAUACCUGAGAACAAACCAGUUGGCACCUUUGUAUUCCAGGCACAUGCCACCGAUAAGGACUCGCCGAAGAAUGCUAUCAUCCAUUACGCAUUCCUGCCCAGCGGACCGGACAGGCACUUCUUCUCCAUGAACCAGAGCAAUGGCACCAUUUCCUCGGCGGUGUCCUUCGACUACGAGGAGCGUCGCAUCUACACACUUCAGAUUAAGGCGAAGAACCCGGACUCGAGCAUGGAGAGCUACGCCAAUCUCUACGUGCAUGUGCUGGGCGUAAAUGAGUUCUACCCACAGUUCCUGCAGCCCGUCUUUCACUUCGACGUAUCGGAAACCUCGGCGGUGGCCACCAGAGUGGGUGCCGUCCAGGCCACCGACAAAGACAGCGGCGAAGAUGGACGUGUGUACUACCUGCUGGUGGGUUCCAGCAACGACAAGGGUUUUCGCAUCGACACCAAUACGGGCUUGAUUUAUGUAGCUCGCCACUUGGAUAGGGAGACACAGAACCGUGUGGUCCUCACGGUGAUGGCCAAAAACUAUGGCAGCAUUCGUGGCAACGACACCGAUGAGGCACAAGUGAUUAUAUCGAUUCAGGAUGGCAACGAUCCACCGGAGUUCAUUAAGCACUACUACACCUCCACGAUUUCCGAGGCAGCUCCCAUUGGCACGAAGGUCACCACAGUCAAGGCCAUUGACAAGGAUGUGCGCGCACAAAACAAUCAGUUUAGCUACUCGAUCAUCAACGGCAACCUCAAGCAGAGCUUCAAGAUAGAUGUGCAGACGGGUGAGAUUAGCACGGCAAGUCGCCUGGAUCGCGAGGAGAUCUCCACCUACAACUUGGUGAUUGGAGCCAUAGAUACAGGACUGCCACCACAGACGGGCAGUGCGACGGUCCACAUAGAACUGGAGGAUGUGAACGACAAUGGACCCACCUUCACGACUGAAGCUCUGAACGGUUACAUCUCCGAGAAUGAACCGCCUGGCACUUCCAUUAUGACCUUAGUGGCCAGUGAUCCGGAUCUGCCGCGCAAUGGAGGACCCUUCACCUACCAGUUGGUUGGUGGCAAGCACAAGUCCUGGCUGAGUGUGGACAGAAACUCUGGCGUGGUCAGGUCCACAAUCAGCUUCGAUCGGGAGAUCACACCUGUGCUAGAGGCACUAAUCGAGGUCGAGGACAGUGGAAAGCCGAAGCAGAAGGCCCAGCACCUAGUCACGAUCACAGUGUUGGAUCAGAACGACAAUCCAUCGACCACAAGGAGCUUGCACAUAGCUGUCAGUCUGUUCAAUGGCGAUCUGCCGUCGAAUGUGAAGCUGGCCGAUGUGCGACCCAAUGAUAUCGACAUCGUGGGCGACUAUCGCUGUCGCCUGCAGAAGAAUCCCGCCCAGAGUCAGCUGCAGUUGGCCAUUCCCCGGGCCUGCGACCUGAUCACCACCUCACAUACGACGCCCAUAGCUUCGGUGUUCAGCUAUACGGGUAAUGAUGGCAAGCACGGCGAUGUUAGCUCCAAAGUGAGUGUGGCCUUCCAGAGUUUCAACAACGAAACCUUGGCCAACUCAGUGUCCAUCAUGGUACGCAAUAUGACGGCUAACCAAUUCCUGGCUAACCACUAUCGACCCAUUCUGGAGAUGAUUAAGUCGAGGAUGAGUAAUGAGGACGAGGUCAUCCUGUACAGCCUACUGGAGGGUGGUAGUGGCAAUUCCACUAAUCUCCAACUGCUCAUGGCUGUAAGAUCGGCCAAGACCAGCUACCAGCAACCCAAGCUCUUGAUUGAACGCUUGCGGGAGAAGCGAUCGGCGUUCUCGGAGCUGCUGCAAAAGGAGGUGAUUGUGGGCUAUGAGCCCUGCUCCGAACCAGAUGUGUGUGAGAAUGGCGGAGUCUGCAGUGCCGCCAUUCGACUGCUGGAUGCCCACAGCUUUGUCAUCCAGGACAGUGCUGCGCUGGUGCUGAGUGGUCCGCGGGUGGUGCACGACUACAGUUGUCAGUGCACCAGUGGCUUCUCGGGCGAGCAGUGCAGUCGCAGGCAGGAUCCCUGCCUGCCCAAUCCUUGCCACUCGCAGGUGCAAUGCCGCCGCCUGGGCAGCGACUUCCAGUGCAUGUGUCCGGCCAAUCGGGAUGGCAAGCACUGCGAGAAGGAGCGCAGUGAUGUGUGCUACAGCAAGCCGUGCCGCAACGGAGGCAGUUGCCAACGCAGUCCGGACGGAUCCUCGUACUUCUGCCUGUGCCGUCCCGGAUUCCGUGGCAAUCAGUGCGAGAGCGUGUCGGACUCUUGCCGACCCAAUCCCUGCCUGCACGGCGGCUUGUGUGUCAGCCUGAAGCCAGGAUACAAGUGCAACUGCACGCCGGGACGCUAUGGGCGACAUUGCGAGCGCUUCAGCUAUGGAUUCCAGCCGCUGUCCUACAUGACGUUUCCCGCUUUGGAUGUGACCACCAACGACAUAUCCAUUGUGUUCGCCACCACGAAGCCCAACUCCCUACUGCUGUACAACUACGGCAUGCAGAGCGGCGGCAGAUCCGACUUCCUAGCCAUCGAACUGGUGCACGGCAGGGCGUAUUUCUCAUCUGGCGGAGCUCGUACCGCCAUCAGCACGGUGAUUGCUGGACGAAAUCUGGCAGAUGGGGGUUGGCACAAGGUAACGGCCACCCGGAAUGGACGGGUGAUGUCACUCAGCGUGGCCAAGUGCGCGGAUUCCGGGGACGUGUGCACGGAGUGCCUGCCCGGAGACUCCAGCUGCUAUGCGGACGAAGUGGGACCCGUGGGAACUCUCAACUUCAACAAGCAACCGCUGAUGAUCGGUGGCCUGGCCUCGGCUGAUCCCAUUUUGGAACGACCUGGUCAGGUGCACAGUGAUGAUCUGGUGGGCUGUCUGCACAGUGUUCACAUCGCAGGACGUGCCCUCAACCUCAGUGCGCCGCUGCAACAGAGAGGCAUUUUGGCCGGAUGCAAUCGGCAGGCGUGUCAACCGGCUUUGGCCGCCGAACGCUGCGGAGGAUUCGCAGGACAGUGCAUCGACCGGUGGUCAAGUUCGCUGUGCCAGUGCGGAGGUCACUUGCAGUCGCCCGAUUGCUCGGACUCCUUGGAACCCAUCACCCUGGGCGAAGGCGCCUUUGUGGAGUUCCGAAUAUCCGAGAUAUAUCGUCGCAUGCAGCUGCUGGACAAUCUGUACAACAGCAAAAGUGCCUGGUUGGACAAUCCGCAGAUGAGGGAACGUCGAGCGGUCAGCAAUUUCAGCACCGCCUCCCAGAUCUACGAGGCUCCGAAGAUGCUUAGCCUGCUGUUCCGCACGCACAAGGAUCAGGGUCAGAUCCUGUAUGCGGCCACCAAUCAAAUGUUCACCUCGUUGUCUCUCCGCGAAGGUCGCUUGGUUUACUACUCCAAGCAGCAUCUCACCAUCAACAUGACGGUGCAGGAAACCUCCGAGCUGAACGAUGGCAAGUGGCACAAUGUAAGUUUGUUCAGCGAAAGUCGAAGUCUGCGACUCAUUGUCGAUGGACGGCAAGUGGGUGAUGAGCUGGAUAUAGCCGGAGUGCACGACUUUCUGGAUCCCUAUUUGACCACUUUGAAUGUGGGUGGAGAGGCUUUCGCGGGCUGCCUGGCCAACGUGACAGUGAACAACGAGCUGCAGCCGCUGAAUGGAUCGGGCAGCAUCUUUCCGGAGGUUCGAUAUCACGGCAAGAUUGAGUCCGGCUGCAACGGAGACAUGGGGCAAGAUGCCGCCCAGGUGGCCGAUGCGCUGAGCAUUGGCUUCACCCUGGUCAUUGUCUUCUUUGUCAUCCUGGUGGUGGCUAUUCUGGGCUCCUAUGUCAUCUAUCGAUUCCGCGGUAAGCAGGAGAAGAUUGGAAGCUUGAGUUGCGGCGUGCCCGGCUUCAAGAUCAAGCACCCGGGUGGUCCAGUCACGCAAAGUCAGGUGGAUCACGUCCUGGUGCGCAACCUGCAUCCCAGUGAAGCCCCCUCGCCGCCAGUUGGAGCCGGAGAUCACAUGCGACCGCCAGUGGGUAGCCAUCACCUGGUGGGCCCCGAACUGUUGACCAAGAAGUUCAAGGAACCCACCGCAGAGUUGCCACAGCCACAGCAGCAGCAGCAACGUCCCCAGCGACCGGAUAUCAUAGAGCGCGAGAGUCCACUGAUACGGGAGGAUCACCACCUGGCCAUUCCGCCGCUCCAUCCUCUGCCCCUGGAGCACGCCAGUUCCGUGGACAUGGGCUCCGAGUACCCGGAGCACUACGACCUGGAGAACGCCAGCUCCAUUGCGCCCUCCGACAUUGACAUCGUGUAUCACUACAAGGGCUAUCGGGAGGCGGCUGGCCUGCGCAAGUACAAGGCCAGUGUGCCACCAGUUUCCGCCUACACGCAUCACAAGCACCAGAACUCCGGCUCCCAACAGCAGCAGCAGCAGCACCGCCACACAGCGCCAUUCGUGACCCGGAACCAAGGUGGCCAGCCUCCUCCGCCGCCCACCAGUGCAUCCCGCACCCAUCAGAGCACUCCGCUGGCCCGGCUCUCGCCCAGCUCGGAGCUGAGUUCCCAGCAGCCGCGCAUCCUCACCUUGCACGACAUUUCCGGGAAGCCGCUGCAAAGCGCCCUGCUGGCCACCACCUCCAGUUCCGGUGGCGUUGGCAAGGACGUGCACAGCAACAGCGAACGCAGCCUGAACAGCCCCGUAAUGUCCCAGCUGUCCGGCCAAAGUUCCAGUGCCAGCAGACAGAAGCCCGGAGUGCCGCAGCAGCAGGCGCAGCAAACCUCCAUGGGCCUGACUGCCGAGGAGAUUGAGCGCUUGAAUGGCAGACCGCGCACUUGCAGCCUGAUCUCCACGCUGGAUGCCGUCUCCUCCAGCAGUGAGGCGCCUCGGGUGUCGAGCAGUGCGCUCCAUAUGUCGCUGGGUGGCGAUGUGGAUGCCCAUAGUUCCACGUCCACGGACGAAAGCGGCAACGACAGCUUCACGUGCUCGGAGAUCGAGUACGACAACAACAGUCUGAGUGGCGAUGGCAAGUAUUCCACCAGCAAGAGUCUCCUGGAUGGACGUAGUCCUGUGUCCAGAGCACUGAGCGGUGGAGAGACGAGCAGAAAUCCGCCCACAACUGUGGUCAAGACGCCGCCCAUUCCGCCGCACGCCUACGAUGGCUUCGAGUCAUCCUUUCGGGGAUCGCUCAGCACGCUCGUGGCCAGCGACGAUGAUAUCGCCAACCAUCUGAGCGGAAUCUACCGCAAGGCCAAUGGAGCAGCAUCCCCGUCGGCCACCACCCUCGGCUGGGAGUAUCUGCUCAACUGGGGACCCAGCUACGAAAACCUGAUGGGCGUCUUCAAGGACAUCGCCGAGCUGCCGGACACAAAUGGACCCUCGCAGCAACAGCAGCAGCAGCAGCAAACCCAAGUGGUGUCCACGCUGCGAAUGCCAUCAUCCAAUGGACCGGCAGCUCCAGAGGAGUACGUGUAAUACGCGCUAUAAGUCCACAUUCAUCUACAACGAAAGUUAGUGUUCCUAGCCAAUUCACUGCAAACCCAUCAAAACUUAAAAAA